AUGAGCUUCACCGAAGUUCAUGCAUCCGAAGAGCCGGUUGCUACGCCUAUCACAAAGCGCAUUGCUCGUUAUGAUCAAUACUUCGACACACGGACGUCCUCUACCGCUCUUCGAAAGACCAACAAAGACGUCAAGCAGAGUCGCCAGCACCAGGUCUCCAAAAAGGUGGUCUUAGUUGUUCGACGGAUCGUCAAUACGCAGGGCCAGGUCGAGAGCACCGAAAUCGACAUCAAGAGUGCGGCGUUGUGUCAAGUGCUCAUGGAGAUCAAUCGAGAUGUCGAAGGCCUGGAACUGACUCGAGCUCAGCCCACCGCAAACUCGCAGCUGUUCUUCCUUUCCUACGAUGGCCUCAAGAGCAGGCUCGCACAGGAGGAAGCACGAUGCUUACGCAACGCCGAGCUUAUAGCCGACCUCGAGACGGCUAUCCAGUUCGUCGAAGAAGAUUUUGCCAGCACCCUCGUCGACUUCAAGAAGCUCGCCACUCAGCAGGAAAUCACGUUCGACCUCCUGUGGGCGCUGAUCGUGCCGAACACACUCGUGUACAACCGUCACGACCCCACAGAGCAAGACGAGAUCCUUUUGGCUCGAAGUUUUGAUCUGGACCGCAGCAACGGCGUUCUGUACGCUAACAUCAAGUGCGAUGUCGUUACUGAUGACGGGAACGCCUUUGGGCUCGCACAAGUCUGCCUCUCGAUCCCGAGGUUUGCUGGGGUGCGCAAGAUUCAAGAGCUGGUGGUGUACCCCCUCGAUUACCAUCGGGACAAGUACACCCUCCGCAGGCAUGCCGCGGAGAGGGGCAGAAAGUUUGCAAAGAUGGUCGAGCCUACCUUUUGUGAAAUUAGUGGGCAGGCGAUGCGUGGUGAGAAACAGAAGUUCCAUAUAUAUGGACGCGUCAUGAUCGACCCCGUCGCGUUCCGUGUUCAUCAGCCGAACGCAGAUUACAAUCUCUUUGUCCACAAACUUCUGGAGAGGGCCACGCUCACCGAAGAGCAGUAUGUCAUAUGCACGCCUGUUGUGCUCGGGUUCUCCUUUGCUACUAAGACAUGGGGUGGAUUUGCAAUGGACCGUUUGCGCGAUGUAGUCUGGUCGGACGAGGCCUUCCGGUCGCUCGUCAUCGGGCCCAAGCAAAAGACACUCAUCCAUUCGCUCGUCAAGCAGCACAAAGCCCACACCACGCGCUUCGAUGACGUUAUCCCCGGCAAGGGCCAAGGCCUCAUUGGGCUCCUGUCCGGGAGACCUGGGUGCGGAAAGACGCUUACUGCGGAAGCCGUUGCGGAGAUCACGCACAGGCCUCUCUACGUCAUCAGUGCGGGAGACCUGGGCAUCCAGCCGUGCGACCUGGACGAGCGCUUGACCGAGAUCCUGGAGCUGGCGCAGACGUGGGACGCGGUGUUGCUGCUCGACGAGGCGGAGGUGUUUCUGCAGCAGAGGAGCGCCACGGACGUCAAGAGGAAUGCGCUCGUGUCAAUUUUCCUGAGACAACUGGAGUAUUAUCAGGGGAUCCUGAUUCUGACGACAAACUUGCUCGAUCAGUGCGACGCGGCGUUCGAGAGCCGGAUUCAUUUCUCUAUACCGUAUCCGGAUCUGGACUUCGAGGCGCGCAAGAGGAUUUGGAAGAUGUUCUUUGGCAAGGCCACGAGCGGUGCUGAGAAGUUCAAUGAGGAGGACAUCGAUCGGCUGGCGGUGCACGAGAUGAAUGGGCGCCAGAUCAAGAAUGCGAUCAGCAGUGCACAGUGCAUCGCGCUGGAGAGCGAUUCCCCGUUGUCCAUCGAGCACGUGAACGCUGUGCUCGAAGUCGUGACGGCUUGGCACUCCUCCAACACACGCCAGCUGACGAAUGUGUGA